CAUUUUUUGUCAAUAAAUGCAGCUUUUUCAGGCAUUUGAAGCAGAUGAGUUGAAAGGGUUUGAUAAUAUAGAUUUUGGAGCAAUAUGGCUAUUGCUGGUCUACACAAUAUUUCUGUGCUUGAAAAUUCCUUCCUAAGGGAGUCUCAGUCUCAAACAUCAGGAAAUUGGGAAAAUGGUAGCACCCGGGCAUCCUUACUUCUGCAGAUGUGGCGGGAGCUUGAAGAUGAGCAUGUGGUGAGUCAUGCUCAAGAGAGGGCUAGUGAAAGAAUGCUCCAACUAAGGAGUGAUGACCUCUCAGUGACUGAUCUUUCCGAUAGCCGAAAUAGUGAAGAUAGUGGUGUUUCAGAUGAUGUGAGCAUGAGUGAGAAUGAGUUUGGACGAUGGUUGCCAGAUCGAUUUGGGCUGCAGAAUGGGAAUGGAGAUUCGAAUAAUCUUAACUGUGAACAUUCGUCUGAUUUGGGGAAAGUUGAAAGGGAAAGGGUAAGGCAAAAUUUUCGGGAGUGGAUGAACAGUGGUGGCAGGGACCAUACAUCUAAUUUUUCCCGUAGAAACAACAAUUCAAGAGCCCAGUGGCUUGGAGAAACUGAGCAAGAGAGGGUCAGGAUUAUAAGGGAGUGGGUGCAAAUGAACAGCCAGCAGAGAGGUGCUUGUGUUGAUAGUAUAGAAGAGCAAACUGCUACUGUUGGUGGUCAAAUUGAACGAGUUCUUGAUGGAUUGGUGGUUAACCGGAAUGCAGGGCGGACUGAGCUUGUGCGUAGGGGAAUUCGUAAAUUAUGUGGCCGACAUGCCCUGCUAGAUAUGCUUAAAAAGGCUGAGAGAGAGAGGCAAACUGAGCUCCAGGGGUUGUUGGAGCAUCGAGCUGUAUCAAAUUUUGCCCAUCGCAACCGCAUUCAGUCCUUGCUGAGGGGUAGAUUCCUGAGAAAUGGAAGAAUGCGUGAAGGUAACAGAUCUACCUCUAUUGCAGCCAGCGAAUUAGGCUUAUUGAGACAAAAGCAGACUGUAUCUGGUCUAAGGGAAGGUUUUUUCUCCAGACUGGAUAAUUCUGGUUCUGGUCCUGCAAGUAAUAAUCGGUCUGAUACAUCAUCUAAUGAUGAUUCCAAUGCUAAUAGAAAUGAGCAAAGCCAAUUAAAUAGCUCACAUGAAACCACAGAUGGAAUAAAUGAAAACCCUGAACAUGAGAACGGGCAAAAAGAUAACCAAAGGUUGUUGGAUGAUAGAACUGAUUUAGAGGAUGACAUUGUUGAUAAUGUAAAUUGGCAGGAAACCUCUUCUCGGGUAGAAGAGUGGCGGGAACGAGUUUCUGAGAGUGUUGCUACAAACUGGCAGUGGUAUUUGAGUGACGUGUCCAAUGAGAGCAGAGAUGCUAGUGGAGAAACCUUGGAUGUGGGCUGGCAAGGAAAUCUUGCUAACGAGUCAUCCCUUGAAACUUUUCCUAAUGAAGUUGCAGAGAAUACUAAUCUACAAGAUGCUGGUGCAGCAGCUUACGAACAUUCUUCCCAAGAUGGUGGAGUAAGCGGGACCUAUGGGUUAAUGAAUGAUGAAGAAAAUUUGCAAAGGAAUCCAGUAGCACGGAUUGACGGGCUAGAGUUUGCUUCUCAAGUUGAACAAUGGCCGGAGGGGGACCAGGAGACUUUGGAAGCUGACUGGCAGCAAGCUAGUGUUGAGUAUAAUGAAUUCAUGGAUGGUAAUGAAGAAGCCUCUGACAUGCACCUUGAGGAUGGAGGCCUGCACGGUACUACACGGGAUUGGUUGGAGGGUUCUUACAAUCUAGAACCUGCUAACAUCGAAAGAACAGAUACAUUUUAUUUUCCUGAUGAUGAUAACGUACGCAGUAUGGAACUGAGGGAACUGUUAAGCAGGAGAAGUGUUUCUACUCUUCUUCGUAGUGGCUUCCGUGAGAGUCUUGACCGUUUGGUACAAUCAUAUGUGGAAAGGCAAAAUCAUGCUGCUGCUUCUGUUGACUGGGAGGUAAAUGGAACAUCUCCUACUCCUAUGUCUCUUGAGCAAGAUAUGGAACAACAAAGCUGGGAUCAGAAUGAUAGCCAUGUGGAUGCUGAGACAACUCCACUCGCUCUUCCUUCACCCAGGAUGCCACCUAUGCAAUCACUCUGGGACCAGGAUUCACGCCAUUAUAAUUGGGCACCACAUGAUGCGCAUCAACGCUUUGGCAUUGAGUGGGAGAUCAUUAAUGAUUUGAGGAUCGACAUGUCUAGGCUGCAGCAAAGGAUGAAUAAUAUGCAGGCGAUGCUGGAGGCCUGCAUGGAUAUGCAACUUGAGUUACAGCGGUCGAUAAGACAAGAAGUUUCUGUUGCCCUUAACCGUUCUGCUGGUUCACAAGGGAUGAUCGAUGACAACUUGCCGAAGGAUGCGUCUGAAUGGGAAAAUGUGAGGAAAGGAAUUUGUUGUAUAUGUUGUGAAGGCAAUAUUGAUUCAUUGCUGUACAGAUGCGGGCACAUGUGCACAUGCUCAAAAUGUGCCAAUGAGCUGGUCCAUGCUGGAGGAAAAUGCCCAAUGUGUCGGACUCCGGUAAUCGAGGUCAUCCGUGCCUACUCAAUCCUUUAAAACCAAAAAUAUAUAUGUAUUUAAUAAAAAUAAACUAAAGAAAA